AUGAUUUCUUCUUCCUCUGUCAUUUGUUUGUUGAUUUCUUUCGGAAUUAUUUCCACCGCUCCAAUUUCCAAUGAAGAAAAUGAUCUUUUGGUGAGCCCCUCCACAAAAAUGAAUUUUUUACCUAACUUUUCCAGGGCCUCGCUUGGGAAGCUGCUGCCACAAGUAUCAAUGUAAAUAACCCUGGAAAAUUCUGGGUUCCAAUUGAACUUGUGAGCUCCCAAAAAUCUGGAUCUGGCACCACUAUUCUCGAAUAUAUUUUCCAAGAAUCUUGGUGUAGUACUGCUGAAGGCAACGAUUUGGAUGAUGUUUGUGAAUCAAUGUGUCCAGUUUAUUAUGGUGGAGCUAAAGCGACUUAUCGAAUCACUGCAACUCAAUCAAAUGGUGGAACUGAUUAUCAAAGUCAAAGAAUUGAAUAA